AUCUCUGAAAAUACUUUGUAGGUUCUACGAACGUUCGCAAGCAACACUGAACUGCUGGAACGCCGAUUGUUGCCCUUCAUCCCGUCCACGUACCACAGAGACCAUUCUGAACAUUUUAGCACCUGUAGAUCAUGGCCGCAAUACCAGUAAGCACUUUGCCUUACCCGCCCGUCCACCAAGACAAGAAAUUCGUUGUACUCUCCGAUUGGGACGGGACCAUCACGAACUACGAUUCGAAUGAUUAUAUGACCGAUAAUCUGGGGUAUGGCAAAGAUAAGAGACGAGCUGGUAACAAGGAUAUCCUAGACGGAAGGAUCACUUUCAGGGACGCAUUUCGGGAGAUGCUCGAAAGCGUCGUCGCCAACGGCCACACUAUGGACGAAUGUAAAGAGGUCUUGAAGAAGAACAUCAAGCUCGAUCCUGGCUUCAAGGACUUUUAUAGAUGGUGCAAGGCUAAUGAUAUUCCUGUCAUAAUCGUAUCCAGUGGUAUGGAGCCGGUUAUCCGUGCCGUACUCUCAAACCUCGUGGGAGAGGAGGACGCAAAGGAGAUAGAGAUCAUAUCCAAUGAUGUCGAAAUUCACCCAGAUGGAAAAUGGGCGAUCAAGUACCGACACCCUUCCAGUGGGUAUGGCCACGACAAAUCGCAGGCCAUUCUCCCAUACCGCGCGUUAUCCAGCCCGCCAACACUCUUCUUCUUUGGUGAUGGUGUUUCCGACAUGUCUGCUGCGCGCCAUGCCGAUGUUCUCUUCGUGAAGGUAAAAGAUAACGGAGAGAAUGACCUGGUUUCGUACUGUAAGCAAGAGGGCAUUAGGCACAUCCUCUUCAGCGACUUCUCCAAGGCUUUGACUGUUGUGCAGUCGGUCGUUGAGGGGAAGAAGACGGCCGACGAGGUGUUAACCGUUGGCCAAGCUUGAGCCAAGCUGUAUUCUUAUUGAACGUGGUGCGAACACCUUUUGUAUCCAGUAGAGUGUAUAGAUGAAGUAUAGACGUCGGCCACGAUUGUGUGCUUGUACUUCUGGGAACAUUUGUUGCCUCGGCUAUUUUACGCGCUUGUGAAUCAGCGAAGCCAACUUUGGUUUCCCCGCAUCAC